ACCAAACCCUACAAAGUAUUAAGAGAUCCAAUCGGCUUCAACAUUUACGUAGAAAUAUAAACAUUUUUUAUUUAAAUUUAGAAGCAUAAGCAAUAAGCCAAUCAACAAGUAGCUUAAAAUUAAAAGACUUAAACAAAUUUAGAAUGUCUUGUACAGUAUCAGAACUGCCGUCAGGAUGUCGUUUGCGCGGCAUGAGCUCAUCGUCACAGCAACAACAACACAAUACCAGCAAUACUGGCAGCAGUGGUGGCAAUGGAUCUGGUGGUGGCGGAGGUGGUGUUGGAGUCGGUAUAGUUAGUAGUAGUGGAGGAAAUGGUCGAAGUAGUGGUGUUGUAGAUGUUACAAAUACGGGAGGUAUUCAUAUAGGAGGCAUGUUAACUUCAACAAGUGCAAUGGGAACAACGACAAAUAGUGGUUUAACAGAUGCGACAAAUCCACUUCAACGUCAACAACAACAAUCACAAAAACCAUGUUGUUUUUGUUGGUGUUGCUGCUGUUCGUGUUCGUGGGCAAAAUGUUUGGCAUUGAAAAACGCAGAAGACAAUGCACCAACAAAACGUGAUCCGGCUAGUUCUGAUUUAUUAUUAGAGGGAGAACAGCCUUCACUGGAAGAAAUACGUAGUUGGGGACACAGUUUUGAUAAACUAAUGAAAAGUCAAAGUGGUCGAAAAGUAUUUCGUGAUUUUCUACGCAGUGAGUUUAGUGAAGAGAACAUACUGUUCUGGUUGGCCUGUGAAGAUCUGAAAAAGGAAAUCAAUGCAGAAGCAAUUGAGGAAAAGGCUCGACUCAUCUAUGAAGAUUAUAUAUCAAUAUUGUCGCCCCGCGAAGUAUCACUAGAUGCAAGAGUACGAGAAGUAGUCAAUCGCAAUAUGGUUGAACCGACAUCACAUACAUUUGACGAGGCUCAAAUACAAAUAUACACACUAAUGCUCAGAGACUCAUAUCCCAGAUUCAUAAAUUCCCAAAAGUAUAAAACACUCGCUCAACUGCAAGAUGGCAUGUCCGCAUCGGGCUCCACAGCAGACAGUCCUACUUAAAUGUUGCUGAAGAAAUAACAAAACCAGAACAGAAACACUAAAAAAAAACAUGGGAAUCAAUGUCACUAUACAACACAAACUGAUGAUCCAUAAGGUUGUUGCUGCUUACAAACUAGAAAAUUAUAAAUUUCCUACACCAAACACCCCCUACUCCCGCGCAAACAUAAAAGAUCAGAAUUUGCAAAUGAAAAACUACAAAACAAAAAACAAAAAACUAUUUUGCAAGCACUUUGCCUUGAUCAGAAUGGAGUAAAACU